AUUUUUGUGGUAAUUUAUUUUACCAACACUUUCAACGCACGCGUUGUCGACCGAGUAUUCAUGGUUCUUUAUCUUUCCGCACCGCAAGACGUUCUUCAAGUGCUGCAGCGGGGAACAGUUUAUUUCGCCAUCACAUGUUAGAAAGAAAAAGCUAUUCAUCUUCCACACCACAAAACGACAUUCUUGGAACGAUCCUGGCGAUCGACUUAGUAGAAGUAUGAGCACGCUUGUUAUUCGCUCCGAUAUUUUUUAGGCGAAUUGGAAGAGAAGGUAUAGAGUUAGACCGCAACAACAAAUUUUAUUCAUUAUCUGCUCCCCCUAACAAAGAAAUAUUUCCGCGACUCGGUGGAAAGAAUCAGAGAAUUUUAUUCCUAAAAGCUUCACGUUCACAAGAUGCAGCCUCAGCAAUCCGCCCACUUGUUCCUCUACGAGGGGGAACACAACAUCGCUCGAGGGGGCGGCAGGAGGAGAGACGACCACACCGCCGGCAGAGGACGUACUAACAACUCAUCGACGCAUUCCUUUUUUGAUAGUGUGCGCGCUUUCGACGUCGGUAGUCGUAGUUGCGUUUUCUUGAAAAGCAGCCUUCUCUACUGCGCUACACUUCGCCUUGAUUAGUCGUACUUCGUUGCACCUUCUUAUUCUGUCGCGCCCUCGCAAGCGAUCUUAGCCUUACAUACUCUUAGUUACAACAGUCAUUCAAAGACAACAUACAUUUCGGCAAAUUUGCCAAUUUUUUCUUCAGGAGCCGGCAGUGGGAACCUUCGCCGCGGGCAAAACAACAAUGCUCGAAGAAGAAGCAGCAGCUCUCCUCGCUAUUUCAUGAAAAAAACUGUAUCGCCUUGGCUUUCAGCACUUCCUGUUUGCCAUGCACAACUGCAAGCUCGUGCUCGUUCCGCGUCUCAACGGACUACAAAUUAUUCUAGAAUUGCAGCAACGCCUAUGAUCUAUACCAGAAGCGCAGCGCUGAUUUUUGUUUCACUUGCUUUCGGGAGUUUUAGUUUUACGCAGUGUGGAACAAAGAACGUUCCACCUUGCGCGACGUUCUUUCUUGGUCAUACCUGCGCAACCACAAUGACAAGAAUCGGUGUUGCUACAACAUAUUAUGCUGAAGUAGUAAGCUGAGCCAGAAGUAGUAAGUACGUGCAGUUUUUUUUUUUGCGAUACCCGCGGGGACCGCAACAGAGACAAUAAUUAUCGGUCGCGGGAUCGCAACCAGGACAUCAACCACGGCCGCGGGGGUGGAAACAACCGAAAUAAUGACCGCAGUCCUCGCGGCAGGUCGCGGUCGCCCCCACCGCGGCAGAGGUCGCCGCGGGAUCGGUCUCGGGACUACGACCGAUUCGGAGGAGGAGGUGGAAACAACAACAAUCGCCGCCAGCGAAGUUUUAUGCACAUGGAAAAUGUGUCUGGGUCUGGAAAGUUGUGAUGCGAGUGAAUGUUUCGCAUAAAAAAGUAGCAACGGUAGUAUUUUUUCACAACUACAUGUAGUAGGAGGGGUACGUCUCUCUACGGAUGCGAGCCCAGCCUGAGAAGUCUUGCAUCCUUCCAGACCUAGAGAUACUUGCAAUGCAUUAGUUUCACGCCGAGCGGUCCACGACAACGCGGUGGAGGCCAAAAUGGCGACCAAAGGAGGAGAGGCAGAAGCAGCAGUGGGCCGCGAGGAGGUGGAGGGGGCCAGCAUUAUAAUUCAUCGAAGUCUCCACCACCGUAUGCAAGAGAAGGCACAGGUUCUUGCGAGGCCUGCUGGCUUUUGGUCAAGAGCUCGAUUUUCUACUUGGAGUGAUUGACUAUUGGAUGCAUGAUGCAUUGUUGCUUGCAGGAGGCAUGGUUCGUUCCUUUUUCAACACUGUAGUUUUGCUUAUUCAAAAUUCAUCAAGGAAUGGAAACAAAACGAAUCUUUCGAUUAAGACACUUCUCGUUGAUACGGUUUCCGUUUUGAAAAUCUUGUGUUGAUCAACAAGUAAAAUACAAAUAGUUUGUACCACGACUGAGCUCCAGUUGUACUGUAAGUUCGUUCAAGAGGCGCUUGACUCGCCUGUUUUUCCUUUGGACAACACACAACGCGGCAGGAGAGGGGGCAACGGUAUUAACUCACCGUCAAGAGGGCGAGCAAACAGCGGCAUAGGUCAGCACAACUUCGGUGGCAACACAGGAGGUGGCGGUGUUGGAACCAACAGAGGUGGAGGUUUUUACACCAAGAAUAACAACCCAAAUGGCAAUGCCUUCCGUGGCCCGUAUGGAACAAAUAACGGCAAUACAAUAGGCGGGCGGCUGCAGCAAAUGAACAACCGCAACAUCAACCAGAGGCAAAAGGAUCCCUUCCCGCCCGUGAGAAAAAUGGGACGAAAAAGGUCUGCGACUCCAAUCCGCGACCGGGGCUACAGAAACGUCCGGAGACAAGACUAUCAACCAUGGCAAUGGGGCAAUAUGGGAGGGGGUACUUACUAAGUAGUGGAGGAGUAUAUUUUUGGAUGCAUGUUGAUGAUGGGCGGAUUGUCAAAACUCUCUAUUCGUUGUUGAAAAAAUGCCGAAGACCUACGACAAGCUUGCUGGGCGUACGAAACUAAAUAUAGACGGCGCGGGAGGAGCAGUCUGAUCCGCCUAUUCUUCACAUUCUUUCCAAAACGUGAUCAUUUUUGCAGGCGGCCGAGACCACUCCCGAGGUUCAAGCAGCGAGCGGCAGAGGUCCCCGGCGUCUGGGUCCGAUCAUGGGUCAGUGUCCCGCGGCCAAUCCCGGAGCCGGUCCCCCGUAGGUGACCGAGGGGGCGCCGGCGGUGACAAUACAGCCGGGGGUGGAGAGAUGAAUAAAAAUAGCUACAACAAUACUAACGCGCGGACGAGGCGAAAUAACAAAAAUAACAAAACAGGAGGCGAUGCUAAUGCCUCUAAAAAAAGAGACAACAAUAGAAACAAUAAGAACGGAGCAGCGGCCACUUCGACACGAACAGGCUCUAAGGCGCCACCAGCAUCAAAAACCAAUCACCAAAACGAUCCAAACAGGCCGUUUGGGUCGGCGUGGAUGAAAAGAACGGCUCAGCAAUUGUCGAAGAACCCCAAGCCCAACAAAAGCCAGCAGACGACGGAGGAAAACGCGCAGCGAACGGACGACGUCAACAAAGUGUAUCGCAAUAUCCGUCGGCCGGGGAAGAACGGCCGACUGUAUCCAGGGAUGCAGCCCGCCCCCGCUGCUCCGAGUCGCGCGGGGACGAAAACCACCGCUGCAAGCAGCGCAAACGAGGCGGGCGGGGGCGCGCAAAAUUCUAGACGCGGAGGAGCCGGGGCGGGGGCAACAGCUGGUGGUGGUGGAAAUCCGAAGAAUGAUAUUAGAAAUAGCGCAAACUUGAGAGGGAAUAAUGGGCGAAACGGAACAGCAAAUCGUCCCAACGACGAGCAGGAGGAAAGUGAGUCGUCCAGCUCGGAGCAGGCCAUCGCGGAGUUGAUCUACAACAACCUGAACAUCACCCUCGAGAAGCCGAAGGCCUACGGGUUCGACCGGAGAAGUGAGGCGCAGGAGUUGGAGGACGGGGUCGAGUGCGGAAAGGCGCUGACCCACCCCACGGCCGGGAUUCUGCAGGACCAGGCGCUGGAGCACUUUGACUACAAGAAGAACACGCACAUUGGCCUGUCCAAGGAGUGGCAGGUGGGGAAGCACCUCGGGGACGGUACGUGGGGUCGGGUGGUCACGGUCAAGUACGUCGGGGAGAAACUGCCCGCCGCGAACAACAUACAGCGGAACACCUGGUACGCGGCCAAGGUGAUCCGGGUAGGGAAACGGGAACGUGACGAGGCGAUCGUAGAGGCGAGUCACUUGACGCACAUACAGUGGGAGGGCCUAAAGUUGCCCGAUAUCAACGAUUGCGGGAAACACCGCCUGGCGCGGCUGGUCCAGCACUUUGAUGACAACCAGUUUUCCGAAGGGAUCCGCCACGUCAUGGUGUUUGAGCGCCUGGGCAUGAGCCUAUACGAGCUGCUCAGCUCCAACCGGUUCCGGGGCUUCUACCUGACUGACAUUCAAAGAGUCAUGUUGGAUGUGCUCAAGGGAUUGAGCUUCUUGAAGGACGUAUUUCUUUUGCGACUCUCAUGAUGCUAUAUCGAUGAUGCGCAUUUUAGAAAGAUCUAGAUAGUUGUUGCGGUAACGGCAGUUUCUUUUAUAUGUUCACGACCUGGUAGAUGCAGACCCACCACAGCCGUAUAAUCUCUUUGAGCUUGCGAAUCGCGAAUAUCGUGAAGAUUCAUGAUUGGUAUCACGAGAUGACGAUCAUCUGAUUACAAGACAGUGCUUGAUGUAUGAGAAUCAGCAGGAAAAUUGACAAAGAAAAGGUAAAAGAGGACGCCACGUGAAUAUUGCAAUUGUCCAAAAUAAAACAGUGUCGUUGCGCCCACACGGACAUGAAGCCGGAGAACAUCAUGUUUGAGAUUUGCGAAGUGAAGUCCCGGCUCCCGCCCCGGCGGUGCCGCGAGCAUCGGCGAUACGGGCCGAAGCCCGAGAACCCCGAAGUCACGCGAGAAGACGGGUCCCCGCUGGCCUGGCCGGACGGGAAUUACUACUGCGUAAGCGGCAACUAUCGGGUGAAGAUUAUCGAUUUUGGGGCCACUGAGUUUUUCCCGGGACCAGGAGAGACAGACGAGGACUACGACACCAAACCCAUGAUAAUCGCGACCCGGCAGUACCGCAGUCCCGAAAUCCUGAUCGCGGCAAAAUGGAAUUAUGCAGUGGAUGUCUUCGCGGUCGGCGCUAUCGCAUGCGAAAUGUACAAAAUAGUUCGUUGUUAAUGCAUGCAGGAGCUUGAAGACAAAGACUCUGUGACUGUGUUUGUUUCCAAAAGUAGUAGACGCGCUCCGCUGCGCUCACCGACAACUUCAUCUUCACGGACUUUUGGAACUCCAAAUCUUAUAUAAGUAUCUUGCUCGACAACACAAUCCCAAUUCCCAAUUCAGGUACUCUGGGGAUCAGCUUUUCCAGAAUGACAAGGACUACUACCGCGAGCACCUGAUGCAGCACCAAGUUUGUUGCGGGCCGUUUUCGACUGAGUUUCUGAACCGCGGGAUGAAGGAGAUUGUGGACAAGCACUUUCUGCACGACCCGUACGAGCAUGCUUGUGCGAAUUUCAUACUUCAGGAUCCUGAAGGCAGCGGGACCCCGGAGAAAACGUUGAAAGCGUGCCGGUAUGUGAAGGACUGCAAGCCGGACCCUCUGAACACUCUGGAAGACACAAUUUUAGACGAUGAAGACCAUCGGUUCUUUGUCCAAUUUCUGCGCCGGGCGUUGACUCUGGACCCGACCUACCGGCCCACCGCGCAAAUGCUCUUGGGAGAGCCUUUUUUCCGUCAGGCGCUGCCAGAAGAUCAGUGAGGAAAUGCAGGGAGGGACGACCAUUUUAUUUUCGUAGUGGACGAUGAAAACGAAAUCGAAACAGGUGCAGGGGAGCAGGAUUUUUGGAGCCGAUAAGAAGAAUUUACUUAUUCUAAGCCUCGCUCACGCCACGCAUUCAAACGGCAGUAAUCCUUUUCCUGAUGACCGUAUUUUAGUACUUAGUCGUAAGCAACCACCAGCAGCAUCCUUUUGCGUCGCAACUACACUGUUGCGAAUCUCGGCUCGGCAAUUGUACGCUUUCCAUUGGGUCCUCUGCUCGCACGUAUUUCUCGCCCCAAGACCAAACAUCAUUUUAUUUUUCCGUUGUCAUACAAGCCCUGUUGCCUAGAAACGAACACUUUUAUCUUAUUCGCCUUGUCGUAGUUUAGUUGGAGUUGAAGAAGAACAAGAUAGUAAUUACUUCUUAUUCGUGAUAAACUUUAUUUAAAGAUCUUGAAUCUUCAUCUCGAUGACGGAAAGCACAAAAGAAAGAAGCUCUUUGUCUUCACACAAACAAAUUUAGUUUUGCUCGCGACACAUUUUUUCGUAUAACGAUUUUUGGAAGUGGUGUGCAGUUACACCACGGGAGCUGCUCUCAACAUAAGUUGAGGAUGCACCGGGUUGUAGAAGUCGUGAUGUUCCACUUGAUACUCUAUACAUAGGGUGCAGUUGUUACUUACUUCACGGCGAGAACAAGAAAAGAGCGGAAGGAGGGGAGCCGUUCAC